UUCACCAUAAAACGAAGACUACGGAAGGAACAAGGAAGCUGACUAGUCUAUCUAGUUUCUCCAGGGAACCUGUGAUAAUAUCCAUGAUCCUCCCCUGCAGAUCUGCGAGUCCUCCAGCCCGUUAAAACUGCAUCAUCUGAAUGUGGAGUUGGGUGGGAAACAAAUGGCGACAAAUGCAUUGGACGUUCACAGUCACUGCCAUCGCCCAGCUGUGCGUGCUGGGAACCAUGUGGAUUUCUGGCUGCUUCCAGUUCGAGGGGAGCACGCUGGUCGCCUCUUACCUUUUCUCCAUCUUUAACUGCCUACAGGGGGCGCUGGUACUCAUCAUGCGUUGUCUCCUCUACAAGCAGGUAAGAGAGAAGCACGCCAGGUUCCUGCCCUGUAUCCGCAAAGACUUGUCGGCGAACGAGUCCAGCAGUGAACCUGUCCAGGCAUUCAGGACACUGGAGAGUGAUUAGAACACUGGGGAGUCACAGAUCUGAGGUGGUCCACCACUGUCCCAUGAUGCUUUGCACUAUUUCCUGUCUGAUCCUGGCGUGGCCCCUGCCACGUUGUACAAGCUUCCUGCGCAACAGUGCCUCAAACCCAAUCAACCAAAAUCCAGCCAGACCUGUACUAUAAGGGGAAUUCCACCCUGGGCUUUUCCUUCAUUCAUAGAAGAGUAGCUGCCCUCCUGAUUAAAACGAGCUCUCUACCUGCAGAGUGCGUAGAGAUAUAGCCCAAACUGCUGCACAUGCUCCAGGUACCUACAGAGAGGUGACCAAUUGAAGGAAAAACCAACAUGAAGUAUCUUAGUAAGGUGUUGUGCCACCAUGAGCCACCAGAACAGCGUAAAUGCACCAAAGAAUAGAUUCUACAAGUCUCUGGAACUCUGCUAGAGGGAAGGAACAACAUGCUACUAAGAGAUAUUCCCUCAUUUGGUGCUUUGAUGAUUUGGUGGUGGAGAGCGCUGUCUUACACGUCUCUAAAAAUCUCCCAUA